GUUCUGCAGGAUCUGCUUCGCGAUCUCUGAAGAUGGGCGAUAACGUAGUCGUGCUGGUCAAAUGGAUUCUGCUGCUUCGAACGGCGAUCGCAGUCGUCGCUUUGCCGACUCGGGGCUACAUGGAUCGACAGCGAUUGGAGACGUACGAGGAAUUGUCGGAGGAAUCCAUCGAUUUCGAUCUUUUCCGCAAUCUGACCUUCCGAUUCUCCUGCGAAAGCAAACCGAUCGGCUUGUACGCCGAUCCGGACUACGACUGUCGAAUAUUUCACGUCUGCGAUCACGGGGAAGAAGGAUUUCCAAUGAUCUGUCCUAAUAACACGAUCUUCGAUCAAAGAGAACGCGUCUGCUCCGACGAAGGGCCGAUAGACUGCGAACACGCCGAAGAAUGGUUCUACCUGAACGAGCUGCCCUACUCUGUAGAGGUAUCGGAGGAAAAUGGCACAAGGGUGGACGAGAGAGAGGAGAUUCCUUCCGUGCUGCCUCUUCUGCUGUCGUGACACGCGACAAGUUCCAUUAGCCGCCUCUGUACUCAAAAGGGACGAAUAAAAGAAACCAGUUUGCCGUUCGAA